AUGUUGGCGCGGAGAGCUGCGGAGAAAGCUCGGAAAGAUUUGGAGAGAGAGCUGGCCGGUGAGGCUGAGAGACGGAGAGCUGCAGCCGUUCCUGCUUGGAAGAGGCAGUUGUUAGCCAGACGGGAGGAAGCCGAGAAUCGAUUGAGACAAUCCCUAUACACACCAAAAAUAGAGGAAUCGAAUGACAUUAUGAAACAAAAUGGCGAUUGGCGCGCUUACCCGAGCGGGACGCAACGUGCGGUGUCCAUAGACAACAUCUCGCUCUGCUACGACGCUCCCUCACAUCCUAUGCGUGCGCCCUCCGAAGUCAAACUGUCUUCUGAGCAUUGCAAUGGUCACAUGACGUCAAACGGAGAUCAUCAUGAGAACGAAGAAGAUGAAAGCGCUAAAAUCAUCCCAUGGCGAGCUCAAUUACGUAAAACCAAUAGCAAACUUAAUUUACUCGAA